AUUCCCGACUCCCGGUUUCCUCCCCUCCUCCCCUCCCAGCUCCCGGCGCCUGAGGGAGCGGCAAGAUGGCGGAUGGUAACGGCCUGGGUGAAGCAGCGACUGCUGCGGCUUCUCUUCCUGCAUCUGCUCCCGGCCUGAGCCCGCCGCUGGGCUGGAGGGAGCGGUUGCGGGCCGGGCUGGCGGGGACUGGGGCCUCGCUGUGGUUCGUGGCGGUGCUGGGGCUGCUUUACGCCCUAAGAGUCCCGCUGAGGCUGUGUGAGAAUUUGGCAGCGGUGACAAUAUUUUUAAAUUCAUUGACGCCCAAAUUCUAUGUGGCACUUACAGGGACGUCUUCUUUGAUAUCAGGACUAAUAUUUAUAUUUGAAUGGUGGUACUUCCAUAAACAUGGCACAUCUUUUAUUGAGCAAGUGUCUGUAAGCCAUUUGCGACCAUUGAUGGGAGGAACAGAAAGCACCAUUGCAGAGCCAGGUUUUCCUUCCAGCAACAGAGAAAGUGAAACCAGCAGACAGAAUUUGUCAGUUAUGCAGAAGGCAUGGAGGGAAAGAAAUCCUCCAGCUCGAAUCAAAGCAGCCUACCAAGCUUUAGAAUUAAACAAUGACUGUGCCACUGCAUAUGUUCUACUGGCGGAGGAAGAAGCCACAACUAUUGUAGAUGCGGAAAGGUUAUUUAAACAGGCGCUCAAGGCAGGAGAAACAAUUUAUAGGCGGUCACAGCAGUGCCAGCACCAAAGUCCUCAGCACGAAGCUCAACUGAGGAGGGACACCAAUGUACUGGUAUAUAUUAAGAGAAGAUUGGCAAUGUGUGCAAGAAAAUUAGGAAGAAUAAGAGAAGCAGUAAAAAUCAUGAGAGAUUUGAUGAAAGAAUUUCCUCCUCUUACCAUGUUGAACAUCCAUGAAAAUCUCCUAGAAUCCCUUUUAGAAUUACAGGCCUAUGCUGAUGUUCAGGCAGUCCUAGCAAAAUAUGAUGAUAUAAGCCUCCCAAAGUCAGCAGCAAUCUGUUAUACAGCAGCCCUAUUGAAGACAAGGACUGUUUCAGAUAAUUGUCAACUUCAUUUCUGCUUCAGAAACCCUCUCAUGCAAAAAUGUAUUCUCAGCAGUAACAAUUCUGACAAUCACCAUCAACGGCAACUCACAGCAGCCCAGCUCCAGUAUUUACUAGAGAUGAAAAGUCUAAUUUUACCUCCAGAGCACAUCCUGAAGCGGGGCGAUAGUGAAGCAAUCGCCUAUGCUUUCUUUCAUCUUCAGCACUGGAAGCGCAUAGAAGGUGCCCUUAAUCUGUUACAGUGCACUUGGGAAGGCACUUUUAGAAUGAUUCCAUACCCAUUAGAGAAAGGCCAUCUAUUUUACCCUUAUCCCAGCUGCACAGAGACUGCUGAUAGAGAGCUAUUACCUACCUUUCAUCAUGUUUCUGUUUACCCAAAGAAGGAGCUUCCUUUUUUCAUCCAUUUCACAGCAGGACUGUGUUCUUCCACAGCAAUGAUAGCUCUUCUCACACACCAGUUUCCUGAAAUCAUGGGUGUUUUUGCUAAAGCUGUAAGUAUGAUCUCAAGGACUUGUGUAGAGUAUAUAUAAAACACACAAGAAACCAUCUCUGACACGUUUGUGCUAAACUAGUUGAGCAGCGGGAGAUACUUGUUAUAGUCAAUUACAGGAAUUGCUUUGUAAAGUUGCUGCCAUAAAUAUGUCAAACAGAAGGUUUUGGUGACUUGAGCUAUAUUUUUGUUGCGUAAAAGUUUGAAGAAUACAAUGGCAUAACAUUAUAAAGCUGGUCUUUGUAGAUCACUUUUGGUGGUAAACAUAGCACUUAUUACUAGCUAAAGAAUAAUCCAGUUCUUUUAAAUGCGUUUUCUUUGGCAUUAAAUAACAAAAUUCCCUAUUUUGUAAACAAGCCUUUUGAUUUUUUCACUUAAAUGAAAUCAUUAAUUCUGAGGAUUUGCUGAACUUUCAAUUCAAGAAUGCAACUAGGAUGGAGAAUAAGUAGGUAAGAUGGAGCAGAUAGGACGUUUGCUCUGGGUACAGUAUAUGCCCCUUUACUCAAGGUUCUCGCAGUUGCUAUAUCUGCAUGUUCCUAUUGACCUUGGGUCUAGAACCACAUUUAUACCUUUAUUUCCAUUUUUACCCUUUAGUUUUGAACUGCUUCUGUAUUUCCUGACCCAGAUCCAGGAAAUACUUCGUAGAGAGGGUAUCCCAUGAUUAUUUACUCUUCUAUAUAAACUUAUAAUGUCAUUGGCUCAAAGUAAAAUUACCAAAGAUAAGUCCCUUAAGUGUCCAAGCCUUUUUAAAAAUGUGUCUUUCUUGUACAUCUUCGCAUUUUUACCAGGUAAUAAGAGUUUAAGCCCAAAAAGAAAAUGCUGAUUUAUUAUAUUCCUAAAUAGAAGGGUACUGAGAAAUGUAGAAACACUAGUCCUUACUUGGUAAUGUAAUUUCUGUAAUUUUCUCUAAAAUGCCUCCAUUCUAACUCAGUUUCCUCACAACUUUUUUUCCUGCCUUAAGAAUAGUUUAUUUUGCGCCUCAAAGAUUAGCUGGUUUUCUUCUGGCACCAGUAGGAAGAGCACUGGUUUCCCUUUCUCCCUGAAGGUCAACUGUAUAAUGUGUUAAGUUGCCCCUGGCUGUAGGCCUCAGAGUCUGAGACCACACUUGAUUUGGGGUCAAGCUUCAAGAAUGACUUUUCACUAUUGUUCAGGGAGUAUAGGUAUUUGGGUUGGAAACUGACUAUCCUAUUUUCUUUUAGUGUAAAAGAGAAACUUAGAGAUCAUGCCAUCAUGCUUUUGGUUGCAGUGGUGCUGAUUGAGGAGUGAGUGCAUCUCAAACUGAAAAUGACCUUACUGUGUCAUUUUGCAUGGAAAAAAAAUGGUCUAGAAAGGGAAUUCCAUCCAUUUAACAACUGGAAAAAAUAUGCAGCUGUGUGUUGCGAUUACAGGCAAGCAGUGAAAGAGGUAGUCCUUGGUUUUCUCUCAGGGCAGCUGGAAGGAGGUAAAAUAGUGCAAGGAGGGAGCUCUAAAAGCCCAGAGCAGAUGUGUCGCAGUGGUUGGUAGUGUACUUCCAUGAGGUGCUGGCUAACGUCCCUGUGGAGGGCACUCCCCGUCCGCUCUGUUCUUUGGUUUUAGUGUAUAGUGUCUGCCUUUACCCCAGAGGUCACUGAUGCACCAGAGGAGCCUUUAAGAUUCCACAGCACAAGCUCCUGAGCACUCCUUUAGCAGAGUCUGAGAAUAAAUCAUUAGACAUUUUCAAAUGGAAGCUUCUUUUUUAGAUCAAAAGUUAUUAAUUUACUGUGAUAAACAAAUAAACAGGUAUUUAUUUACUCUUUUUUGGUAUUUGUAUAGUUGGUGGUAUAUAGUGUUAAAAAUAUGCCUGACAGCAAACUUUUACAGCCAAUUCCUGUGGCUUUUACAUGUACAUUUGAAGUUCCUAAAAGCUGAAUAUUUACUGAAAGUAUCUGCAAACCAAUAUUUGGUAUACAGCAGUUCCGAGGGCAGGUUCCAUUUAAGGAUUAAUGGAAAUCAAUUGUGGUGUGGGCAGCCUCCAGCUUAUAAAUAUAAUGUGUAAAUGCCUCAACAGCCAGCCAGCCAGGGAACAAGAGGUUCAAAUCCUAUUCCUCAACACUUAAUAAAGUGUGGUCUAUACACUAAGAGCAUCACCAUUGGGGACCCAGGAGCUUGUUAGAAUUGCAGAACUUCAGGCACCACUCCAGACCUCGUGAAUCUGCAUUUUAACAAGAUCCCCAGGCAACCUACAUGCCGGUUAAAACUUGAGAAGCCCUGCUCUGCCCUUGCUCUGCCCUGCCCCCCAGAAGAGGAAUUCGAAUGCCUGGCUAGGGCCAUCUUAUCAAGGCAGAGAAGGGGCAGCAUUGCUGAGUGGGAAUGAGCAUACGCUCUGGAGCCAGGCUGCUCUGCUUUGAAUUCCAGCCCUGACACUUAUUGGCUGUGCAACCUCGGCUAUGUUACUUAACCUUUUCUCCCCCUCACUGUAAAAUGAGAAUAGCACUACCUCAUAGGUUUCUGUGAGGGUUAAAUGAGUUUAAAAUAUGUCAGGCGUUUAGAGCCGCGUCUGCCCAUACUAAAAACAAGUGGAGUGUUAGCUGUCGGUGCCACCGUCGUGGCCAUCGUCACCACCAAAGUGCAGCUACCGUGGGAAACCCUGCCCCCUUCGUGUUUGGGGGAACUAUGUCCUAAUAGGAAACUCACCAUGAAUUUCCCAUAGAAAUUGUAGUAUAAAUGGUGGUUGGUGUCAUUGAAACGGUAUUAUUAGUAUUGUACUAUCCUCCUGGAACAGUAUGUGUAUGUGGACCACAGAAAGUGGGGAAAUGUUUCAAAUUCUGGGCACUGGCAAACUGCCUUGUACCACAGAACCUAUUGGUAAGUUUUCAAACUGCCUAUGUUAGGAUUUUCAAUGAAGUCAGAUAUUAGAUGGCCAAACACAGUAAAAAUCAAUGAAAAAUUUUCUUUGAACUGUACUUGUUCUUCUGCUUAGUGAGGCAGAGCUCUUUAAGAAAAUUUCUUCCAUUGUUACCAUUGUCUCUUCCUCAUCUAAUAUCUUUACAUAUUAGCUCAUAUGGUAGAGUAAGUUCAAUUUGAAUUUAUAAGAAUGCAUUUGUUAACAAACAUUGCUUUUUGUGGAGCAGGGCAGUAGGGAUUAAUGGUUUUUAAUAACCCUCACUGUACAUCAGAUUUUGAUAAAUGGAAGGGAAUGAACUAGAAUGGUUAAUGGUUUCUUCUUUUAUGUGGUAUAAAGCUAUGUGGAAUAAGACUUCAUUUUCAGCAAGUUAGGACUUUUCUCCUGGCUGAGAUUAGAACUUAGUCUGACAUUAGACAUAGAGCAAUGAAAAAAAAAUUACAUAAAUCCCUGGAGAUGUGGAAUGUGCUGAUAUUAGAGCUGAUAUCCUCCAAGGCCAGAAUUCCUGAAAAAGGAAAAUUUGCUUUUAAGUGGUAGGUCAUUUUCUCACCUGCUUUGAUGCCUGCUGGGUUAAAUAUGAGAGUUCAAAAUAAGGGUAGCCAGCAAGCCAAAUGAACUGGAAUCUGAUUCUGCUUAUCUGAAAGGAGCUUCUUUAUUUAAGAGCAACACUGCCCUCUCCUUAGAGAACCAAUCUUCAUCUGUUCUGGCCCCUUUCAUUUCUCUCUCGCAAGAAAAGCUUUCUUCUUAGUAAGCCUUGGGAGGGCGUUAUCACUACAGUGAAAAGACUAGUGUUGGUCUUUGGGGAUUUCACGAACUUACUGAUGAAUUCAAGCUUGCAGCAUAUGACUUUAGUGCUCUGAAUUCAGAAGUGGGUUUGAAUAUAAAAACCCCUAGUUGGGCUUUUAACUAAACAGGGCAGCCUUUGCCGCGUUGGCAGAAGAGAUGUUAUCAAAAAGAUUCCCAAAUAAAUUGCUUGUUUCACUAAGGCCAAACUGUGGAAAUUUGUUUCACAAAUUUUGUAGCCGUGCUGGGGUGGGAAUGGGCCCUGUUUCCACAUACUUCUACUAAUCUUCAUGUGGGAAAAUGUGAUUGGUUGGACAUGCCAGUGAUGAAUUUCUGAGCAUCUCAUAAUUGGCUGGCUCCACCGUAACUAGGGCGUACAGCCUGCCUGAUUAAUUCUGUAAGGACAUUAGCCAGGUUGCAUGAUUUCCAAAGAUAUAGAAGGUCAAAUGUUACACUAACGAAAGACCUCUCUACAGAAUGUCUCACUGGGGUUUCUUCAGCCCCUGCCCAAAAAUAAUUACCAUUUUUUCCCCCAAAUUGCAUUUUAAAAAAUAAUAAGCAUAUAUAAAUGCCAAAUGUCUUUUACUGAAUAGUGAUCAAAAUUUUUGAGAAGGUUUGUCCACUAUUCUCAUCUUUUUUUUCCAGGGCAAAGAUCGUCUUCAUAUUGAGGAGAGUUGAUAGAAAAUUAUAACUAUAUAUUGGUAUAGAGCAGUAGAAAAAAAUAAAUAUUAGUUUUAAAGGUUCCUAAUUUUUCAUUGUCAUAACCAGUGAUGUGAAAUCUGUCCAUAGGUGAAACAUUUUUUAUAUUCUUCAUAUGACUUCAUUUAUUAAUACUAAAAACCUAUGAGAGUUAUAUUUCUCUUUAUUAAAUACAUAGGGCUACAUGCAGAAAUUAAACUGACAAUAAAAUAAGUUUCUUCACUUUGUUUGAAAAUGGAUUAUUUUUCAAAGCUGUGAGACUUCUUUAGUUCAUAAAAACUGAUAUAGUUUUUCAAAUACCUUGAAUUGUAACUAAGCUUAUAUUUCUGUAACAUAUUGUUCUAUAACCAUGCUCUUUCCACAGCAAUAUAUCCGAGGUAUUUCCCAUAGACUGUCCUGAUAAUAAAAGGAGCCUAUUUGUGACAGGCCAAACUUUUCAAAUGUU